AAAAAAAAAAUCUUAGUCCUUUGUUUUGGUUGUGCGCACUGUUCUACUGGCGCCCUCCAGACAAACGUUGUCUUUCUCUCUUAAUUUGCGCCAAAAUUCACAAAAUUCUUUCACUCUUUGAACUAACUUCGAAGUUCGAAGCUUAAGCUCAAACCUCUCUUUCUUUUCUUGAAACCCAUUUCUAGGGUUCUUAAUUUAUCAGAAUAUCUCCCAAUUCACCAAAACGUGUCGUUUUAUUCUAAUUAUUUCACAGUUUUGGACAUUUUAGGGUUUUUUUUUUUUUAUCACAUGCAGUCGAGUGAUUCUCUUAACAUUUGGUCAAUUUGGGACCUACCCAAUGCUGGUUUCGUCAUUCGUCAUUAGGAUUUGUUCUUUAUCAAUUUUAGAGUGUAAAGAUCCAAAGUUUGAUCAGUUUCGUUAGGGCUUUUGGAAUUUCGGCUUCUGGGUUGGUUCAAUCGGGUGUUUAAUUUUCUAAAUUGCAAUCUGUUUUGGAGUUUAAAUUAAGGUUUCCAAGUAGGCUUUAUUUGUGGGAUGAAUAGCGUUUUCAGUGAACAGAUACUUGCAGACAAGCUCUCCAAGCUCAACGGCACCCAACAGUGUAUUGAAACAUUGUCACACUGGUGUAUAUUUCACCAGAGCAAAGCAGAGCUGGUGGUUACAACAUGGGAUAAACAAUUUCACAGUUCGUCAAUGGUUCAGAAAGUUCCCCUUUUGUAUCUUGCAAAUGACAUCCUACAGAACAGUAAGCGUAAAGGAAAUGAAUUUGUUACUGAGUUUUGGAAAGUCCUUCCCUCAGCUCUCAAAGACGUUGUUGAGAAAGGGGAUGAUCAUGGAAAGAAGGUUGUCUCUAGAUUGGUCAAUAUAUGGGAAGAAAGGAGAGUCUUUGGGUCCCGUGGACGAAGCCUCAAAGAUGUGAUGCUUGCUGCUGGAGAUGUGCCUCCACCACCCUUGGAGUUUAGCGGCAAAAAACGUUCACGCUCAGUCAGAAUUGUGAAAAGAGAUUCCCGAUCCAUUAGAACGAAAUUAUCUAUUGGAGGUGCAGCUGAAAAAAUAGUGUCAGCAUAUCACUUGGUGCUCAGUGAACGUCCCAGUGAAGAGGAGGAGAUGGCUAAGUGCAAGUCAGGGGUUCAUCGCGUGAGGAAGAUGGAGAAAGAGGUUGAUGUUGUCUGUACCAUUGCGGAAGAUCCAAAGCGAAAAUCCUUGGCCUCUGAACUAGAGAAGGAAGAACAUCUUUUGAAACAAUGUAUUGAGAAACUUAAAUCAGUUGAAGCCAAUAGAGUAGCACUUGUAUCUCAGUUAAAAGAAGCUCUCCAUGAAGAGGAAUCUGAACUGGAGAAUGUUCGAACUCAGAUGCAGGUAGCUCAGGGUCAGGCAGAGGAGGCCUGCAACAUGCGGAAGCGACUCAAUGAUGAAGAUCAUGUAUCAAAACUAUCUACUAUGACUACCCCAUCAGUUGAUACUAACACAAAAGCUGGACAAACACCAAAGAGGACAGCUGCAGCUAUUGCAGCUGAAGUUGCAGACAAGCUUACAGCUUCUAGCUCGUCACAAAUGAUCAUGCACUCUGUUCUCUCUACAUUUGCAGCUGAAGAAGCAAAGAAUGCUGGUUUAGUAAAGGCUUCUACAUCAUCAAACUCAUUCACAUCCAUACCUGUCAAUUCAGUGACUGAUGCGAUUGCAAAGUCUGAGAAGCCUAUGGCGAUUUCGGAUCCCAACAAGUUUUUGCCAGCUCAGUCACUUACCGUUCCUCCCAACCAAUCAUAUCAGACCAUUUUGGUACCCCAACCAACUCUGCCAAGCCAGGCCUCAACCUCGCAAGCUCAAUAUCACAUGCUUUCUAACCCACCACCCCAACAAUAUAUGCAGCCAUCAGGUGGAAUCAUGACCCCAUUCGGCUACAGUAGCAUUUCAUCCAUGCCAGCAGGACCUCCUCCACCUCAUAUGGUCAGUCCAAUGGUUCCUUUGGUUCAACAACCAAUUCCAUUAGCGCAGCAACCAGCACCUAUGAAUCAGCAGAUACCUAUGUUGACACAGCAGCCCCCAGCACCUCCUAGUUUCAGGCCACUACAGCCGCCGGGACUGGUAUAUUAUGGUCAUCCUCCCCAUUCCUAAUGAUAUUAAUUUUUGGCAAGUUAGAUCAGUAGAAUCUCUUUGAUUUUGUUUACUGGUAGAAUCUGUUUAUGGAAAGUUAGAAAUUUUGUUUGUGCAAAUUGGCUUUUCAGAUAUCAAAAUACAUAGAUGUUGGAUAGUAGUCCUACAAGUAUCUGUUCAAAGAGCAGCUGAAAAUGCUUAGUUGGGGAUACCGAAGUAGUGUAAUAUUAUUGAUUUUUUGUUAUUUCUGAUUUGUAAAAACAGAUGUACUUCACACAUGAAUUUGGAUUUCAGAAAAAAAAAAAGCAUUAUCAAA